GCUGGGCAUGCGCGAGUACCUAUGUAAUAUUAUAUUCAUUUUGCCGUACUAUACUAUUUUCCAAGCAAAUUUUGUAACCGUGCUAUUUCAUUUUAUCAAAUUACAAAUUAUAUUAUUUGUUUACUAGUGUUCAGUGUGAUGUUUUGUUUUUAUACCCCAAAGUUGAAAAGCUUCUUACAGUGAUAGGUCUAUGUUUUUGCAAAGGUCAAAUAAUUAGAAGUGAUUGAGUGAGUGCAAAGUGGUAAUACACUAUCGAGUGUGUUGUGUAAAGUGUGUCAAUAAAUGUGAAAUGCUAGUUACAUGGAUUUGGACAUUUUGUGACAUGAACAAGGUUGUCUAUUUGGAUUUGAAGAAAUAAAUAAUAACCAAUAUGGCGCACUACCCCCAACCGUCGACCCUGGAGGAUGCGCUGCCACUCCUGGACCGUCCCGACCUGCGGCUCCGGCAGCAACUGGGGGAGAGGCUCGUGGCGCUGGUGCGUCGUGAGGAGAUCACCCAGGACAUUGCGGCGCAGCUCAUUGAUUCCCUGGUGGCUUGGCUCAACGGAGGGAACUUUAAGGUGGCGCAGAAUGCUCUGGAAGUACUGACAGCGCUGGCGGAGCAGAUGGGACCGGAGUUCUCCUACUACGUGCCGAACGUUCUACCGCAUAUUAUUGACAGAUUAGCGGACACUAAGGAGGGGGUUCGCAUAGCGGCGAGAACUUGUCUCUCGGCGCUCGGCGAGUGCAAGGCGGUUCCGCCGCGCGUUCUGCUCGCGCGUCUUUCACCUGCUCUACAGCAUAAGGGCGCUCAUACACGCGAAGAAGCGCUUAAAUGUAUAGCCGCACUAUUGCACACGCACGGCGCGACUGAACUUCAACUGCGCGGGUCCAUGCCGAACAUAGCUGCCCUCCUCGCAGAUCCCAACUCGGCAGUGAGGGACGCUGCCCAGCAGGUGCUAUUGGAUGUGUACAGACACGUUGGUGAAAGGUUGAGGUCAGAUCUGCGCAAGAAGGAGCUGAUACCGGCGCAGAAGAUGGCGCUGCUGGAACAAAAAUUUGAUGAAGCAAGAGAAGCUGGCCUACUGUUGCCUUCAGCACUGGCGGGCACAGACGAGGCAGAUUUCGUGAGUCGAGCCGUGAAGCGAACCAUGACGAUACCGACGUCGGCUCGCAGUCGCGAUGGAGACAGCGGCGCAUCUACGCCCGCAUGUGAGGUGCGACGAGGGGCCGCACUGUACUUGCAACCGUCCGCCAGCAGGAAGCCGCCGCCACCCACAAAGCUCAACAGCGCCUCCAGCGUGAGCAGUAGCGGCGGCGGAGGCGGAGCGGAAGCGGGGGCAGUGGGUGAGGGGGCUUUUGAGGCUGCAUUCGCGGCCGCUGCGCCCGCGCCUGUGUACGGCGCGCGCGGGCUGGAUGACGUGUACCGGCACGCCGCCGCCAUGUUGGGAGACAAGAGCGCCGACUGGGAGAAGCGGGUCGACGCGCUGAAAAAACUGCGGUCUCUCCUCAACGCUAACGUGCACACGCAGUACCCUGCGGAGUUCACGGCGCACCUCAAGGACCUCUCCGUACCCUUCCUCGUCGUCAUCAAGGAUUUAAGGAGCCAGGUGGUUCGCGAGGCGUGCAUCACCAUAGCUCACAUGGCGAAGGUGCUCGGGAACAAACUGGAGCAGUUCAGUUUGUACAUACUGCAGGAGUUGAUCAAUCUCAUACAAAACUCCGCCAAGGUGGUGUCGAGUGCGGCCACGGUAUGCGUGCGCUACCUGGUCGUGUACGUGCACUCGCCGCGACUGAUCCCCGUUCUACACACCAACCUGACCACCAACAAGUCCAAGGAAAUCCGCUCCACGCUCAGUGAAGUUCUAGUCCUGGUUCUGGAGAAGUGGUCGAGCGCUAGUCUCGAGAAGCAAAUUCCCUUAAUAGCGGACGCGAUUCGUCGCGCGUGCGGCGACGCGGAUAGUAACGCACGUACGUGCGGCAGGCGUGCAUACGCGUGCUUCAAGAGACACUUCCCUGCGGAGGCGGAGGCCCUGUUCAACCGGCUGGAGCCCGCGGCGCAGAAACAGAUUGACCGCGAGCGACUUGGCAGUGUGGACAGCGCGCUCGACAGAAGAAUGGUGACCAGCCCGAGGAGUCCAUCUGCAAGUGUCUCAGCGUCUACUGAGAACUUGUCGGUUGCCAAUCGGAGCAAUUCUCUGCGGAGGAGACGUGCCUCCCAGGAGCGUCCCCCGCUGUCACAGAUACCGGUCGCUAUGAGAGAUCGCAGCGGGGGCGUGGCGGCCAGGUCAGUGUCGGCGGUGGAUGCGAGCGCUGCGCAGCGGGCCCGUGCGCGCGCGAUGUACUCGCAGAUCGCGCGGAACAAGGUGGCCGCAGGCACGGCGAGCUUACCUCGCGCCAAGCGCUCCCCAGUCGCCGGUGGAGGGGUGCCGGUCAGCCCGGAGAAGACUGCCGGAAGAUCCAGGGCUAGACCUGGAGUGUCACAGUCACAACCGACAUCUCGCUCGUCUUCUCCGUCGUCUCGCAGCGGGCCCGUGUCGCUGACCAACACCAGGCGGCGACCUUCCGGUAUACCCAGGUCUUUGGCUGGCUCCAGAGAAACCAGCCCUACCAGGAGCAGUCGGUCUCACAGUGUGGUGGGUGGAGUGAGGCGCCGCGACUCGGUGGAGAAGACCACCAGACCUCCCGUGGCCAGCUUACGGCUGCUGCAGCAGAGCAGGGAGGCUGAGCUGAGGAGUCCAGAGGAAAGUUCCGGUUACGAGAACCGGCGUGAUGACGACUCGGAGGCGUCGAGCGUGUGCUCCGAACGAAGCUUCGACUCCUACCGGAGACAUGAUAGCCUGACGUGGUCGGGUCGGUUGGGCUGGGAGUCAUCUCCGCCGCCCCCGCCGCCGCCAGACGAGAUCAUCGCCCUGUGUGCGUGCAGCCACUGGACCGAGCGGAAGGACGGCCUGUCACACUUGGCCCGUUACCUGAACAGCGGUCGACUGCUCACGGAGGAGCAGCUCAAGCGGCUCACGGAGCUGAUCAACAAGAUGCUGAUGGACGCGCACACCAAGGUGUACUCGCUGCUGCUGGACGCGAUCAGCGAGCUGCUGCUGGUGCACUGGCAGCACUUGAAAGACUGGCUCUACCAGCUCAUGUUCCGGCUGCUCAUGAAGCUGGGCACUGACAUCCUGGGCUCGGUGCAGAGCAAGAUCAUGAAAACCUUGGAUGUCAUCCACGAGUGCUUCCCCGCUGAGCUGCAGCUCCAUAAUAUAUUCAGGUUCCUAGCGGAUGGCGCGACGGGUCCCACACCAAAGACGAAGGCGGCCGCUCUCCGGUUCCUGGCGGAUCUAGCUCAUGACUACUGCACCCCCAGCGGCUUGGCUGUCGCUCUACAAGAGAGCGGCAACACGGUCCCACUGCGCGCCAUCAGCAAGGUGUCGUCGUUCGCGAACGAACCCCGCAGCGGAGACGUGCGGGUGAAUGCUCGCCGAGCGCUCGCCUGUCUGUACGACUGCAAUCCUGUGGCCUUCACCGGAAUUAUGAAUGAACUCCCGGUGGAAACUCAGAACAUUGUAAACGGGGUCGUGCAGCAACAUGUCAGGAGAACUUCCAGCACAGGCAGCGAUAGUCCACUGCGGUCCAACGCUGCGCCGAGCGGCAUCAGCACCGCGGAGGACGUGUACUCCAGGAUCCGCAAGACCACCUCCGAGAUACACACCUACACGGCGCAACAUUCCAACGCGGAGUGCGGAAACCACACGUCGAGCAAGGACUCUGGCAUCAGCCAGAUGUCAGACGUGACGCUGUCCAACAAGGGCGCUAACGGAGUGCCCAACGGUCACUACAACAGUGAGGUGUUGGGUCGCGCUGCAUCUGCUGACUCUUCCGAAGACGCCAAUAGCACCAAGGAAUCAUCGCCGACCCCUCAUCACAGAGCCGACUAUCUCCACCCUCAUAGUGAGUACGCGUCUGGUCGGGAUAAGCUGAAGCCCUACGAUACGGACGAGAAUGGUCUCAUCAUCACCAGAUGCGGCCUCCGCGAAACGGAGGUCCUGAAGGAGCUGAGCGCUCUGGACGUUAAUACUGCGGCCCCGGACAAGUUCGAGCGACUCCUGCUGGCCACGCACGAGAUACUCAAGUACGGGGACGGCACUCGACCCGUCGACUACUUCAAGAUUAUCGUUCGCGUGGCCGUUGCUGCGCUCUCCAUGGACGAUAGUUCAGCCGACAAGGAAAACAGCGAUAAUGCCUCCGCCAUACACAACUCACAGUCAACCGGGUGGGGCAGCGUGCAAGAGCGGGCAGCGACGGAAGCCGUGCGCGUGCUGGUGUGGCUGUGCCGGCGCGAGGAGACGCGGCCGCUGUGGCGCGACUACUUCGACCUGAUCCUGCUGAAGCUGAUCAACGCGUACGGCAGCCCGGGCAAGGAGCUGGUGCGAGCCAUCGACGCGGGCAUGCCGCACAUCGCGCGAGCCAUGCCCGCCGCGCAGGUGCUAGCGCUGUUGAAGCCCAUGAUCCGAACUCGUGGCUACCCCACGGCAUUGUGUGCGCUCAAACUGGCCACGGAGGUCGCUCGCGCACGGCCCGGAGACCUCACCGACGACAUGGUCGGGCAACUCACGGAGGGUGUCGCGCAGCUGUCGGACCACCAGAACUCCAACGUUCGCAAGGCGGCCGUAUUCUGUCUGGUCGCUUUCACAUUCGCACUGGGUGAGGAACGGAUGCAGCCUCACCUCAAACAUCUCUCCGUCAGCAAGGCGAGGCUUCUACAGGUGUACAUAAGCAAGCAACGGGACGAAGCGAACAAAGGUGGAGGAGGCUCGUAGCGAAGACACAGGUUGACAUCGCGCGCCACGCAGACCGACUGAUCCAGUCUGAACAGCCACCAGUCUGACCAACUACCAGUCUGACCAACCCGCGGUUUGAUCUACCACCGGUUUGACCGCUCUUAUUGACUAAAUUCAAAAUCAAAGUACAUACAAUGUAUUUGACAUUUUUUCUUCGUUAAUUUUCGUCUAACCCCAGAAUGAAAUCCAUGAAGUGCUGGCGAGAUACAUAAAGUUUUAUACGAACAGUUAUAAUUAUUUAUAAUUUUUUUACUACUCAUGAUAACCACAAAAACCUUAACCAUGUUAGUAAUACGCAGUCGUGAACGUUACUUGGCUUAUUCAACUGUAUUCAACUUGAAUUUAAGUGACUUAGCCCCGAUUUCACUAAUGUCGCUUCAAACUGAGUUCAAUAUUACUCAGUUUUACGUGAACGAGUUCAAAUGCUAGACUUGACCUCGAUUGACACAAAGCGAUUUCACCAUUACCUAUUGAGCGCGUUGACGUAAACUGAGUUUACAUGUCAUAAACAAUAGAAUGUGUGAAAUACCUGUCAAACUGUCAUCGAUAAUUAUAAACAAAUCAAAUUGGUAAAUGUCAAUGUUUCUAUUACGGCAAUGACAGUGACAACUCUUGAACGCGAUCAAAUCGUUCUAAUCGCGUUCUACUUCAAUAGUGAAAUCGGGGACUAAUAAUAUUAUCUAUUUGAUAAAGUUUAAGUCGUAUUGUCGGUGCUCUUUUUAUUAUUUCUUGUUAAAAUUAUGACCUUAAUCAUAUUUUAAUUUAGAUACACAAAUCAUCAAACUGGCACAUUAAAAUGAUUGAAAAAUAAUAGAGUGAUUAAAACUAUGAGGAAAGGUAACUGUCAAAAUGCGUCCCAAUUAGGACGCUUUCGAGUAACACGAUGCAAGCGACAGUAACAUAUCUACUCCUAUUGAAUAAAUUAUAAUAUCAAUGAAAUGAUUUUUGUCAAUUUUACUAUUAGAAAAAAAGUCAGGUUUAACGUCACAUCCUACUAAUUCUGCAAUAAAAAUAACACUUUUGAUAUUAUAAAUUUCAAUUAAUUUAAUUAGCUACUAGUUUUCAUUGUAGCCCCUUAAGUUAAAUUUAAAUUCGAUAAUAUCUUAUCCGCCAGUGUGCUGUUCUUAAUACAAGAGACAAGCAAAAUACAAGUAAUAGAACAGUAGCAUAAACCAGCGGUCUUCUUGAAAUAUAUACCUCCGUCUGGGUGAAAUGUUAGGGUUGAUACAUACAAAAAGUCUGAUGACGCGGACGGCGCGGCGGUGUAGCUAAUUUAACUCGGACAGCGACUAGUCUCGGCGGUGUACGGAGUGGCACUCGUUAAUUUUGUCCUCCCAAGAUUGCUUACCGAGCGUAUAAAUCGCGUGUAUGUGUGCGUGCGUCGAUUUGGGCGCGUCAGUUAUAAAUUAAAAUACUGUUCUAUUACUGCAUUGUGACACAAGCUUGAUGUUUCGCUCAGUGUGUUUUAUCCUUCUUGUUAUCAACAGGUGCUCCAUCAUAGUUCACUUUUAAUUGGCUUCAUAUUGACAAUAUAAUGGGUCGGUGUUAACGUCUGUAAUGCGUGCGAUGUUGCAGAUACGUAUGAUUCUGUUUGCUGCUUUAGCAUUAGCAUGGGGUCGCGCGUUCGAUACUCAGUUUUUUGAUUGUCUUUUUUAUUUAAUGAACGUCUUCAAGACACAAGGAAUUCAUGUUAUAAAUAUAUCGUGUCUAAUAGAAUUUUUCCGUUUGUUUUGCCUUAUAUUUGAUCGGGGUUGCUCGGUUAUGCCGUUUAUGUGUGCGCUACGAUCAAAACUAUUGUUAUUCACAUAAAAAUGUAAUAUUUAUAUCAUGGGAUCAUUUUUCGUGAAUUUUAUUGCUCUACCAAAGAAUAUAUAAUAGUAUAGAAUAUAUAAGUACGGAAGUCUCACUCCGCAAAAUCAAUAAAAGAAAUAGGUGCGGUCAUACAAUAAGGUGUAAUUCAGAUCUCAUAGCGCUACUAACCUACAUUUUUAUUCACCUAGAAGUUGCCUCUCUUUCUAUCGCGUGACUCUUAUCUCUUCUGACGACAUUAGGGUUGACUUCUUUACCUAAAACUUUACCUAUCUAGUAUAAUGUUAUCUUACAAAAAAAAGCUCAGUUUUUUCUAUAAUAUAUAUAGGUAUGUAAUCGUAAUUUUAAAUCAAUAUUCUUUUGUUGUUUAAACUACAUUAGUUGCAGAUAGUAAUGUAUGCGUUAGAAGACCACGACAUAGUCAAACCUAAUAAAUAUAUAGGAAACAAAUAGGUAGCUAUCAUGUUAAAUUUAUUAGGACGUCGAUAAAGCGAUAUCUUUCAUGGAAUGUGUCAUGAUAUUAAAAUAAAACAUUCUAUCAAUUCAUCUAAAAACCGAGCCCCCUAUAUACAAGACCUUUAAUAAUAUAACAAUAAUAAACUUGUUGAAAGUUGCUACAGGGUGGAUUCAUAUUUUUUUAAUAAUUAUUCAAAUAGAAUCAUGCGUAUUUGCUUUAUAAAUUAACAACCAAUUAAUGGUUAGAUUUAGGAGUUUUGAUGUUAUUGGGUAGAUGACUUAUAUCGUAAGUGAUGUUUCAGCAGUAAAUCCGUAAUCGAAGAUAAAUUUUAUUGUAGUCCAGUACAAGUGCUGUCUUUUUUUAAACUUGUAAAUAUAAAUUGUAAAAAGUAUAGAUGCGUUUUUUAUAAAGUUUAAUAUCCACAAAGUAUUCCACCGCAUCAGUAUUGGCUCGAUGUGAAUCUUGAGCGGUGAGCGAAGAUUAGUGCUGAGUUUAUAAUUUACCACUCGAAACGUUCUGAGAUAGAAGAAACGGUGCAAAAGACUUUUCGGCGCUAAUAUUAUGCUUUGUGCAUGACACCGCUCAACACCGGGUUGCCCAUCAGCUCGUUACGCCCCUUACUCCCAUUUUAAAAAUGGUUAGGCUAGCAUCUCCUAUAAACUGUUUCGCUGUUAUGAAAUUCUCUUAAAUUCUCUAAAUAAAAUUUUCGAUGUUAGAUAAUGGGUUUCCUGAAUUUUAGGAUAGUGGAAUGCUUUUGGACAUAUAUACACAGAUGAUGAUUAAUAUUACGGUGAAUAAUAGUCUAGUCAUCUACCCAAUUAUUUGGAAGUACGGUCAGGAAAUAAAUGAACAAAUUUUGAAAAUCGAUGCCGUAUGAGUAGAUUGUAUAAUAAAUUAGUGUAACGUUACUGUCGGCAUAGAAAGUAAGUAGUAUGUACUUUAAUUCGAUUUGACAAAACGUGUUAAAACUUCCAGAUAUUAUUGUCAUGAGCAGGUUUAAGUCUGUAUUUAAAAUUACUUUCAAUUUAACAUAACUACAUGGCUUUAAAAUAAAUUAUUGUUAAAAUUUAAAUUAUAAUAUUUAAUUUUUAUGCCGACGGUACUGAGUAGAGAUGUUUGUUUGAGUGUGCCGCUAGUAAAAGACAUUAUUAUCAUUUUGUACGUGUAAUGUUGUUGGCGUGAAAGUUAGGCGGGGUGAAGCGUUGCCCGCUACGGUCGGUAGAUGGAUGGGAGAACGACUGCUUAACGUGAUUCGUAAAAUUAACUUUGUAUGUAUGUACAGUCUAACUUAUAAAUGUAGUGAAUUUUCGCAAGAAAUAGAAUUACUUACUAUUAGAAAACAUUAGUUGUUUUUUUUUUUACUUAAACGUGUCAUAAUAUCGAAAGUUUUAAUUGUUCACUUACUUUUAAAACCGUUGAAGGGUGUCUCACAACUAAAUUGUUAGGGAAAGCUGACAAUGCAUAUAUUGGUAUACUACUGUUAUGACCUGAAACGACCGGAAAAAAAAAAUUGCGGACUGAGGGCCUAACAUCAACUUUUAAUAAACGAUGCGAAUCCGCUGCAGUUUGAUUUAGGUACCUAAACAGAAUCGCUAAAAUUUGUACCAUGAAGUGCCUUUUAUUGAAUGGCGUUUGGAUUCCUUAAGAAGAAUGAACGAAAUAAAUUUGUCUGUGGUGAGAAAGAGAUGACUCUCUACAGUCGUUGCAUAAGUUUGUCUCUCUUACUCGAACCAUAUGCGUUGCGUUUCGAAACCUAAAAUGAUAUGAUUUUAGCGGUUUUUUUGCGUAGAAAAUACUAAAAAAACAUUUUAAAAUUGCGCUUUAUAGCGUCAAAUUAUAAACCAUUAAGCCCUUUUUGUACUUAUUAAAUAAUAAAAGGCAUAAAAGGCAUUUAUUUUCUCAAAAUUGAUUGUUUUAGAAUUCUUUUUGAUGUCAUUUCUUAUACUACUAGAUAAUACUACCGCUUCGGAAACAAAUGGCGCUCUGAGAGAGAAGAAGCGGCGCAAGAAACUCUCCCAGCAUUUUUUUUACUUUGCGCUCUGUUCAAUAAAAAUAUACAAUAUUGUACAGUCAUUUCUAUCGCUAUAAAAUAAUCACAAUCUAGUCCCAAUAGUAAUAUAAACAAAUAUAGUUAAUUGAAUUACAAAUUAAAUGUUUGAUUAGGUGUUUUCGUAAAAAUAACAAGUUAUGAACGCACCUCCAUUGAUGUUUGAUUUGACAGGACCACAGAGUACCUACAUUUUUUUUAAUUCGUUCUUGCGAACAGGCUAUAGCCCGGGCCCUUACUGCCUCGUCUUCAGUAUUUUAAUUUUUGGUAUUUAUUUUCUGUAUUUUGUUUUACAAAAGAGUCCAAUAAAGUAUUCUCAUCUUAUCUUUCAUCAAUAAAAAUUUCCUUUUCUGUUUCUGUUUUCACUAUUUUUUAAAAGUUAUUAACAACACGAUUCACUUUCCUCUGAGGAAGUAGUAACUUUUUUCUAAUCGCUCACUUUGACAAAUAAGCUAUCCAGUUUAGGUUGAAAUAACACCUAAUGGUACGAAUGAAUGAACGAACUAAAUCAGUCUGCGAUUAAAUUGACAUCAUUUUUGACAUUCAAUUGACAUCAUUGCGAUAUAAUCAGUUGAUUUGACGUCAACCUAAAUUAGAUAGCUCUUAUCACGUCGUGGUACGAAAUAGAAAAGUAGUUCAUUUUAGGUUGUCAAUUGAAUCGCAAUAAGAGUUCAUGGUAGGCCCGCUGUACUUGUAGUUAUAAAGUACAGUCAGCAAAAAAAAAAGUAAUAAUAGCUUUGGCUUCUCGAUUCCACUCUUCAUUUUACGUUGGGAUUUUGUGUCAUUAAAUUAUAACUGACAUUAGUUGCACACAGUACUGCCGCAUUUAUGACUAUAGGUAGCAAAAUAGAAUGUGAGUGAAAGAGAAUGAGGGAGUGAAGCCAUAUGGAUUAUUUUCUCUAUUGGCUCGGAGUAUAUCGCCAGUCUCAGUACAUGGUCAUAAACAUUUUUAGUGUCACCUACUUGUUCAAGCUUCAAACAAUUGUCUUCAUUAAAAAAUUACUGUAUCUAUCAACGCUGUUAAUUGGUUAUGAAAUUACCGUUACCAUAUUUUUUUUAUAUUGAUAUUUAAAAAUAUGUAGAACAGAUCCCUUCCGGGUAUUGAUUUUACAUUGGCCAUUGACAAAUCACGUAGUAUAGAAACAAAGCUGAUAAUGUAUGUACAACCAAAAUAAACUUGGACUGCUAUAUCUAUACAUUGCCGCAUUUACUCCAGUUGUUUAAAAUAUUCUUGGUUAAAAAGCAGCAAUGUAAAACAUAUUCUAUUCAGUUUAGGUUUGAUUUGGACAAUGACAGUUGGCACGUGACUAAGGAAAAAAGUGUGCUGACAGUGUCUUUAAGCACACUUUUGUCGUUCCGCUGUCAGACUGCGAAUGAUGUGUCCAUAAAUGUGUACAUAGGACGUCAUUAUUUGCCAUAGAUAUUCGUCACUGUCAUAUUUGAUAAUUUCACUAAGUUGAAUGAAUAAAUAAUAAAAAUGCAUUGUCACAUUGCAGUUUAAUAAAUAUGGUGCAAGAAAACACAAAAUAAUGGAAUACCUCAAUUAGUCAGAUUUAGAACUGCCCAAUAAGUUUGACAACUUAGAUCAUGUCGGUGCCUCGUUUGGUUAAUGUUAGACAUUUGUGCCUCAGUUACGAUGUUGUUGCGUUCUAACUUGCGAUCAUGUUAAUGUUUUUUGCUUAGGUAAUGUAUAGGUUUAGAUAGAGCCUCUGGCUGUUAGACAACCGAUGAAAACAGGUCAGGUUACGUCUUACACUCGCGAUUAGUUUUAGUAUGCGUGCAUAGUGGCGAUGGGCGUUCAAUGAACGGACCAGUUCAAUAAACCAGUCAGCGGUUCGACGGAGUCCGUUUGUCGACCGUUUAAAAGAUAAUGUAAGUUAUAAACUAAUUUUCACAACUAGAUAUUUUCACCAUUUUCAUUAUAACUUCACACUACCAGCUUUUUACAGAGUAUCUCAUCAUGUUAUCAUGUACAAAAAAUCAGUUGAUCUUUUAAGCCACGGCGGUCGCGACGAGCGCAUACAGUCGAUUCGGUCGUUCCGUCUCGCAACGUAAACUUGUAAUAGACUGUACAGUCUAUGAGUCUACAAUAUCGUCGAAGGUGAACAGUCCACGAUUUGAACUAGUCCAUCGACUAGUCGACAAAGGGAAAUGAACGGUCUAGUUUCGUUCACACUAAAUAUGUUGACGACCCAUCGCUAGUGCAUAGCUCAAAAUAGACAUAACCUGUCAACGCCAUUUUUUUUGACGCCAUUGUGACAGCUGUCAGAAUAUCUAGACGUAUAAAUUAUCUAAUGAUUAUUGUACAAUGUUGAUAAGUUCUAUAGUUAUGUUUUAUCAUCGAGACUGUUGGUCACACAACUAUGUGAAGUCUUUUUACUGCGAGGGUUUUCGUGCUCUUUUUUUUAUAUCGCUGCAAAUAUUUGACUUUAUUUAAAACUUCCUUUGCGUUCGAAUACGCGAUUAGUCAUACGAAUGUGUUGUUUUUUUUUUAUUUGAAUCACACGUUACGGCUUUACAUACUGUCUUGUCUUAUUUUUUAAUUUACUUGGUAGUUUGAGACUGUCGGUUGCAGUUCGAACGCGGCCGCGGAACACAUGGAAUUUCAGAUUUUAUUUAUACAGCACAUAUAAAGUCACUAACAAGAAAUCAUGUUACCACGGAUGGACCAUGUUAAAACGGUUGUGGAAAAACCAUUUAGUGUGUCUGGCAAUAAGUACUCCCAUUUCCUCCUACCAUAUGCAUUGUUACAUUUAGGUAAUAUGUAUGUUUUUAGGUAGGACAGACUGCGAAGGUGUGGUUGCCGCGAAUAUAAUUCUCAACUGUAUGACUGACAGUAUUAUGCAGUCACGUGUCCGCCCUUGAUGAAAACGGAAAGGGUCGUUGACCGAAAUUAUCAAUGUUCCGCGGCCGCACUACCGUAGGCUAGGUUUUUCAUAUUUUUACAUGUAACAUGGUGGUCUGUAAAGUCGCUAAUAACUUGUACAUGUCUAACCAAAAGUGUUUAGUUUUUUUUAUUAUUAUUAUUAUCAUAAUUCCCUUUUAAUGCUUUAAUAUAUUUAGCGACUAAUGAUUUACUCUUCAAGUAAACAGAUUUCAAUAUUUAUAGAUUUAGAAUCUCAUUUUUGAAUGUUGCUGGUGGCGUGUUGCGCAAGCUUCGGUUGUCUAGUGCUAGAUAAAUUAAGUUUGUCGUUAUUUCGAUAAGGUACUAAUGUUAGCUUCGAAAGCUCUCCUUACAAAAGUAUAAUACAAUUCUAACUGGUAUAUGUUGCAUUCUAUUACAAAACAUUACGUUUAAAAAACAUAAUUUGUUAUUUUAAAGUGAUGUCCUCACCUCUGGGAUUAAUUAUAAAAAUUAAAUUUGUAACCGAAAUUUAUGAACGAAGCGGCACUCGAACCGUUGGCUCAGUUGGUAAGAGCACUCGGACGGAAACCAAGAGAACAAGACAUACCAAGAUUUAUAAUCGAUGCGUCAUUAGGCUGGUUGGUUCAGUUGUAUUUUUAGUCGCAUCGUUUAUAAAUUUUGGUUACAUAUUUUAUAUAAUAUGCUUUGUAUAUGAUUAAAAACAAAAUGACAAAAGUUAUUAUUCCAUCACAGUUUUGAAUGUAAUUUUUUCGUAAUUUUUAAAUUUUGCCAUAUAUAAUAAAUGCGAUUAUUAUUGUCUGUUUUUCAUAUGUUAUUAUUUUUUUUUUAUAGUUAUCGAAAUACAAAUUGUUCUAUAUGAAAAUGGUCUUAAAGGGAACUAAUUGUCGCGGUUCACUUUUCAGCUCUUGUGACACUUUCAAAUGAGAGUCAAUACUUUUGUAAAUGUUACUUCGAUAUUUAUUAAUUAUUACUAUCAACGUGUGCUUACUUCGUUUCGUGGAAACAAGAGUCGGUUUCACAAAAUGUGAGCUAGCGUGCCUUUAUUAUUUCAUUGUUUAAAUAUUUAUUGAAAUCUGCUUACAUAUUGUUGUGUGUGACCUAUCAACGAACAAUGACGUAAUUCAAAUCCAUCUUUUGUCAUUUAGUCACCUAACGCCGGUUGGCAUGUCACAUACAAUAAAUUUAUUAUUAUAUAGAUUGUAAUGUAUGCGAGUGACGGUUAAGAUAUUUUUGACACAUUUCUUAAAUUUCAUUUUACCUUUCACACCAAAUAAUACAUUGAUUAUUUCUUAUUACCGGUAGCGUUCGUUGCGUUCUGAAUGUUAAAUACAAUUUAUGACAUGUGUCAAAUGUGUCAAGUUUGUUCGAUGUCAGUCUGUCAGAGUAUGACAACGUGCUGACAGUAUGACUAUGACUCGGUUGUAUAAAAUUUUGAAUGUUUGUUCCCCAGUGUUUGUUACAAUUUAUAUAAUGUAAAUGCAUUUAAUAAUGUUAAGGGCUUUGAUGAGAGUGUUGCUGUGUCAAAAAUCCUUGAUUAUUUGUAUUUAAUUAAACUUAUUAAUAUUAUUGUAUAAUUAUUAAUGUACGAUAGUUAUGAAUAAACGAUUUUUAAGCCAUUUA